AUGACCGCUGAAACCGACAGCCCAACGCCAGCUCCAGCUCCAGCCAUCGAACAGACACCAGACAAGCAUGACACGGCUCAUUUUGAAACCGUCCCCGCCGAACCAGGCAAAGUGCACAAUGGCGAUACCGCGCUGGCUCUCUUCGACAACUUCGAUGACCUCGAAGGAGCUAUUGAUCCGGUCGAGAACAAGCGUCUCGUUCGCAAGAUUGAUCUCAUGAUUCUACCGUUUUUGAGCGUUUGCUAUGCGUUCUACUAUAUCGAUAAAACGACACUUUCGUAUGCAGCCAUCUUCGGCAUCAACGAAGACCUGGGGCUCUCGGGGGAGCAGUAUUCAUGGUUAUCGAGUGUUUUCUACUUCGGGUUCUUGGUCUGGGCGCUUCCAACCAAUUUCCUGAUGCAGCAGUUUCCAGUGGGCAAAUACCUCGGCAUCAAUAUCUUCCUGUGGGGGUUCUUUCUCAUGUUACAAGCGGUCGCAAAGAACUUUACCCAGCUGGCCGUGCUGCGCGUGAUAUCCGGCGCCGCAGAAGCAUGCAGCGAUCCAGCAUUCAUGCUCAUCACCAGCAUGUGGUACACCCGCCGCCAACAGCCCAUCCGCAUCGGCAUCUGGUACACCGCCAACGGCGCAGGCAUCGCGCUGGGCGGCCUCCUCGGCUACGGCAUCGGUCAGAUCAAGGGCUCGCUAGCGUCCUGGAAGUACGAGUUCCUGAUCAUCGGAGCGCUGUGCUCGGCCUGGGGCAUUGUAAUCAUCUUCUUCCUGCCUGACUCCCCCGUGUCGACGCGGUACCUGAGUGACAGCGAAAAGCGUCUCGCUGUCGAGCGCCUGCGCGAUAACCAGACCGGCGUCGAGAAUAAGACCCUCAAGCUGUCUCAGGUCUGGGAGGCCUUUCUGGAUUGGAAGGUCUGGUUCUUUCUCCUGCUGGGGUUCUCCGGGAAUAUUCCGAACGGGGGGAUUUCGAAUUUCGGGACUCUGAUUAUUCAGGGGUUUGGCUUUUCGACUUUGGUAACAGCCCUGAUGCAAAUCCCCUACGGCACAUUCAUCGCCAUCAUGAUCCUCAUCAGCGUCUGGCUCAACGACCGCCUCCCGCCCAACAACCGCUGCCUCGUGACGAUCCUCUUCCUGCUCCCCAACGUGGCAGGCUCCUUCGGACUGUGCUACCUCCCUGAAUCGAACCGCAUCGGCCGCCUGAUCUGCUACUACCUCACGGGCUCCUACAACGCCUCCUUCGUGAUCAUCCUCUCCAUCCUCACGGCCAACAUCGCCGGCCACACCAAGAAGGUCGUCACGAACGCGAUGAUCUUCCUGGGCGUCUGUGCGGGGAAUAUCGCGGGGCCGUUCUUCUAUAAAGGGGACCAGGCGCCGCGGUAUCCGUUGGGGAUUUGGUCGAUGAUUGUGGCGAAUUUUGUGGAAAUUGCGCUGGUGGUGGUGUUGAGGAUGGCGCUGGCGUGGGAGAAUCGGAGGAGGGAUCGGGUGCAGGGGAUUUCGGGGGAUGGGGAUGGGGAUGGGGAGGAGGUGCGGAGGGCGGAGAUGGCGAGGACGGCGUUUAGUGAUUUGACGGAUAAGGAGAAUUUGAAUUUUAGGUAUAUUUAUUAG